UUCUUCUCACCCUGUUCCCUAUUAUUGCUGAUUUAAUCGGGCAUUUGUCUCCAAAACUCUGUGUGAUAUCUUUCAUCAAAGCCACCAGUGACAUGGCGCGGCCACAUCCAGAGGUCAGUUCUUAGACCUCAUUUUGACCCAUCAUUAGUCUCUGACACAGGGGAUCCCUCCCUUUCUCUCGACAUGGUUUUCUUCACUUCAUACCACACCUCACUGUUUUCUGUCUACUUCAAGCAAUUCUCCUUUUCAAGCUCUCUUGUCAAAUCUCCCUUAUCGUCCCACCUUCAGAUUGGGCUUCCCCAGAGCUUAGUCGUUGGAACCUUCCUCUCUGCUGACUGACCUCACUUCUCGUGUGUUCUCCUCUGUAUUCAGGGUUUUAAGGACUUGGUAGGUACUGAUAACGCCCCAUCUUGUGCCUCCAUUCUGGACCUCUCCCCUCACGUCCAGAAUAGUAGAUAUUGUCACCGGACAUCUUCAUCGGGCUGUCAGCAUAUCCAGUUACCACCGUCAAGCCUCAGCCAUUGAGUGCCCCACUUCAAAAUGUCUUCUCUCCUAGUUUCAUUGUUGGUGCCAGCAUUCACUCAGUUUCUUGUUAAAUGCCCACAUUUUCAGGACCAGUUCAUUCCAAAUUAUAAGACUUCCCAAUAGGCGAAAAAUGGACGUUGAGUAAGAAGCUUACUCCCAUAUCCCAAACCUAGAACAAACAAACAAACCAGAAACUAAAACCAGCUUCUCAGGAAGAAAAGUCUAAACUGUGUCCUCGAAGCCACCACUAGGGUUGUCCGUGGUCUCCUGGGGGCACACGGGUCCUUGGAGCCCAGAUGAAAGGACGUCGGGCAAGAGGCCGUCUGCCUUGGGUGUAAGAUUACGCACAGUCAGACAGGGCGUGUGCUUGCAUAGAAGAUCUUUGCAGUGACCAGAGGAAGAACACGCUUGGGAGAAGUUGGACGAACCCUCAAGGUGUUGGUAAGAAAAGUCCCAGCUUUCGAGACAUUGAGAAGCCGAAGAGCAACUUUUGGCCAUUUUUGUGGCGUGUAGAGAUCCUUGUUGAAGAAAUGCGAAAGACAGAGAGAUGGAUGGGCAGGCAGGAAGGACAUUUCUUCUUGAUUCGUGUUUUCUGGAAGCCACCCUUGGCAGGGCCAUCUACUAUGUGUAGGCAUGGGAACGAGUUAAAAAAAGUGUUGAUUCACUAGAGUGAAGCAGAGAAAGCAGUGGCCUUUGUGUGUGGUGAAUGUGUCCGGAAAGGCAAAGAGGCAUGGGAUGCUCCCGUGGGCUUUCUCAUCUCCAUGGCGGUAGGUGCUGAGAGCCUCCGAGAGAGCCCAGAGGAGCAGAGAGCAGAGUCCCCAGAGGUCUGGCUGCAGUGCUCUUAUCAGAUGAAAAGGACUCGGGGGUCUGAGCUGAACUUCAUUGUCUGUAACUAAGGUUGUCACUGAAAACCCAAACUAAUACAUAGCAGCACACCUAGAACAACUGAAGUCACGUGGAUGCCGGAAGGCCAUAGAAAAGAAUGAGCUACUACGGCAGCAGCUAUCCAAUCGUCAGCGUGGACCCCAAAUACCCCGGCUACCCCCCGGAGCACGUUAUCGCGGAGAAGCGAAGAGCACGAAGGAGGCUGCUGCACAAGGACGGCAGCUGCAACGUGUACUUCAAGCACAUUUUCGGAGAGUGGGGGAGCUACGUGGUGGACAUUUUCACCACUCUGGUAGACACCAAGUGGCGCCACAUGUUUGUGAUCUUUUCUUUGUCUUACAUUCUCUCCUGGUUGAUAUUCGGCUCCAUCUUCUGGCUGAUCGCCUUUCAGCACGGAGAUCUGUUAAACGAGCCCGACGUCACGCCUUGUGUGGACAACGUCCAUUCCUUCACGGGCGCGUUUUUAUUCUCGCUGGAGACGCAGACCACCAUAGGCUACGGUUACCGCUGUGUCACGGAAGAGUGUUCUGUGGCUGUGCUCAUGGUGAUCCUUCAGUCCAUCUUGAGCUGCAUCAUCAACACCUUCAUCAUUGGCGCUGCCUUGGCCAAAAUGGCAACGGCCCGGAAGAGAGCCCAGACCAUUCGGUUUAGCUAUUUCGCCCUCGUAGGCAUGAGAGACGGCAAGCUUUGCCUCAUGUGGCGCAUCGGAGAUUUCCGACCCAACCACGUGGUCGAGGGCACCGUGAGAGCCCAGCUGCUCCGCUACACGGAGGACAGCGAAGGGCGGAUGACAAUGGCAUUUAAGGACCUAAGGUUAGUCAAUGACCAGAUCAUCCUUGUCACACCCGUCACGAUCGUUCAUGAAAUCGACCCCGAGAGCCCCCUGUACGCCCUUGACCGCAAAGCCGUGGCCAAAGAUAACUUUGAGAUUUUGGUGACCUUUAUCUAUACCGGUGAUUCUACCGGAACGUGCCACCAAUCCAGGAGUUCCUACGUGCCUCGAGAAAUUCUCUGGGGCCAUCGGUUUAACGACGUCCUAGAAGUGAAGCGGAAGUAUUACAAGGUGAACUGCUUACAGUUCGAGGGCAGCGUGGAAGUCUACGCGCCCUUCUGCAGCGCCAAACAGCUGGACUGGAAAGACCAGCAGCUCCACAACCUGGAAAAAGCCCCGCCGGUCAGGGGAGCCGGCCCGUCGGACACCAAGGUCAGAAGAAGGUCGUUUAGUGCCGUUGCUGUUGUCAGCAGCUGUGAAAACCCUGAGGAGACCACCGGCCCUGCCACGGAUGAAUGUAAGGAAGCACCCUAUCAGAAAGCUCUGCUGACUUUAAACAGAAUCUCCGUAGAAUCCCAGAUGUAGUCCUAAAUGAUAAGAGCAAGGGCUAGUACUCACUCCUCUUUACUCGCUAGCCAGUCACCUUAAGGCAAGUAGUUAUUAAGGGAGCUUUUAAAGAAGGUUAGAGCUAUCUUUGAUGGUGAUGGAAGAUUAAAAGAGCAGGUUAAACUGGGUAAAAGAUAUCUAAAAAUAACAUAGCACCUGAUUGCUUAAUUUUUUUGGGGGGGGUUUAGAAAAUUUGGAUUAGGGAUGCUAUUAAGAAGCCUAAUUAGUUAAUUCAAAUUUCAUCUUCCUUGUAUUAUUCUGUAGACUCAUCAAUUGGGGGCAUAAUAUUCAAUAAUGGGGGACAAAGGUAGGAUACUGGAGUAAAUAAUAAUAGAAAGUAGAACAGGAAAACAGCAUGAAUGAUACAUUUUUCAGCGUAUCCAAAUCCAUAAUAUAAUGAAUGAGUGGUUACCUAUAAGAACACCGUAUCGUGUACCCAGGAUACGCAAGGUAUGCAUUCAGUGGAUUGUACUAUUGAAAUAGUUAACCAUGAAAUCAGCUGGCCCCUUCAAGUCACAAUGUUUGUCCCCCAUUGUGUCGCGGUAUCAGCUGGCGGGGGUAGUGGCUGUAGGAAAUAAACAGUGCCCCUGAUUCAGACAGUUCCUCCAUUGCCACUCGCCCAGGGAAGGCUCAAGAAGUGCUAGAGCCAUUUUUCUCUCUCAUCCACGAGGCAGAAGAGUAGUCGGCAUUUGUUGUUCAGAGAGCUGUUUCUCUCCUAAAGGCCCUGGUUGAUGCUAAUGAACGGCUUUACGUGGAAGAGCAGAAAUAAGGCAGACAUGAGCUUUGUGAAGUCUGUGACGGGGUUUCUUACACACGCCUCCCUCCACCUUUUCUGGGGACAAGAAUGAGGAACAGAAUGGUAGAGCCGGGGUGAGGGAAGGGGUAGGUCGAUGUUCUCAGACUCUUUGGGGUAAACAAGUUCCUCGUCCAGAGAGACCGGGGCUUUGGCCAAAGACAUGGAACUUUUUACUUUGUCACUUGCUGGGGCUGGUUAGAGGCGGAGGGGGUGGGGAGGCCGUGAAGCGAAAGGUAUUUAUUUUGUCUGUGUUUCCUGUCUUGGUCACUGUAGAAACAUAAAUAACUUGAAUUGUGGAUUUUAAGAAACUCUUCCAUUGAAUUUGGAACAAUCAUUUAAAUUAAAGCUUUUGUGAAAUAUAAUGAAGGUGAUUUUAAUGCACCUUAUAAAGCCAGUAAGCUGAGUGCUUUAGAACUGCUUAAAUUGUAGGACAUGAGACACAGGUAUACUCAUUUCCACAUUCAAAGAUGUUAACCAUGAUUAUUUUAAACACAAAUCCAGUCACCUAUGAAUGAAGAGUCCUUUUAAGCUUUGUAAAUCGGAGAGUUAUUAGCUACAUUCUUAAUUAUCUAUGGGUUUUGGGGGUUUUUUUUCCUACAUUGUUGCUGAGCUGACAAUAUAUAUAUGCCCUAGUUUUUUGCUUAUAUUAUUUAAAUAUAUAUAUAUAUACAUAAUUUUUGCAUUUUUUAUGGAAAAUCUCUCUCUCCAUUUAAAUUAACACAAAUAAAUUGAACCGAGUCACGUGGUCCAAGAUUACCAGUAACAGUAAAAUAUAUAGGUACACAGAAUUUUUUGUUUGUUUGUUUUUUGGUUUUUUUGUCGUUUGUUUGUUUGUCCUUUUUGUCUUUUUUCAGGGCCGUCCCUGCGGUAUAUGGAGGUUCCCAGGCUAGGGGUCAAAUCGGAGCUGUAGCUGCCGGCCUACACCACAGCCACAGCAACAACAGAUGUGAGCUGGGUCUGCAACCAACACCACAGCUCACGGCAACACUGGAUCCUUAACCCAUUGAGCGAGGCCAGGGAUCGAACCCUCAACCUCAUGGUUCCUAGUGGCAUUCGUUUCCAUGGCACCACGAUGGGAACUCCCAGAAUGUUUUUCUUUUGUUUUCUUCUUUAUACUCCCUUUCCCUUCUUCCCUCCCUUCCUCCUCCUCCUUCUCCCUUUUGCCUAUGAGCAAUAAACAUGUUUUAUAAAUUCACAUG